AUGGUCAACACGCCCCGCCUAUACGUCGACCUCAUCUUCCGCCAGAGCGGCUGCUUCGCGAACUGGGACCCGACGACCGUCCUCCGCGUCGGCGACUACGGGACCGUGCGCGAGAACGAUGGCGAGCUCGAUGUCCAGGGCAAUAUCUACGACGACGGGUUCGCGGAGAAGUACGGGCUUCAGCUGCCGAAGCCGGUGGCGAAUACACCUUCGGGUGAGUAUGUGAUCUGCUCGGACGGCGUAAGGCAGACGUCUUUGAGCUCGGACAUACAGCUAGCUGUCCCUCAGAUCGCGAACUGCACGUUGAAGGGACAAUGGGAAGCGGGCGAUGGCGAGAACGCGCUUCUCCUUCUCCCGAACACUGUGCGCGUCUCCCUCCCAGGCUCCUGCAAGCAAGCCCUCGCCGAGCGCAUCUACGACGACAUGAAGGACUUCUCCUUCGUCACCGAUGUCUACCACACCCCCGACUACGCGCUCUUCGUCAACCACAGCCAGAAGCGGUCCCUUGUGCUCGCGCUGCAGGCCGCGCCACCGGGCGCUAAUCCUGUUUCAUCCCCUUCAGCUCCUUCGACCGCGCCCGCGUCAACGCCGCAGGCGCUCGCUUCCGCGCUCGCCUCCGCCAUGCCGGACGCCAAGGUCAGCGUCAGCGGGCAGUGGAUCGCCAUCGGGCAUGUCGACGUGCUGAAGACGAGCACGCCGCUCGACUUCGGGACGGUGACGAUGCCGGUCGUACAAGUCCCUGCUCCUGGGUCGACGAGCUCGACGAUUUCGACUGGUCUCCCCAACGGUGGCGCUCAGCCGUCGUCAGCGCCGCAGAGCAAAGUGGAGAACUCUUUCCAUAUGCUUGCUGCCACGCAUGACAGCGCCGAGGACGCCCCGGAGCGUGCUGUCACGACCGACGCACAUGCAUCUCUCGCCCCUCACGUCGCGGCUGGCAAGGCCAUCCUUCCUUCGACUACCGAUGCGAGGGACCGCGAGCUGAUGGACCGCCUCAACGCCGCCGUCGUGAAGCCAUACGAGGUGGGCGUGGAUCAGGCGACGGUGGCGACGUCGGGUGCGGAGGUCAACGCAAUCUUGAGCGAGAUGGUGCCCGGGGAGACCACCACGGACACCGUCACUAGAAAGGUAGCGGUGCUGAUGGCGGCGCAGAAGCAGCUAGAGUUAUCGAGGGCGGCGGCCGCGGACUCUACGGUUGCUGCUCCGGCUUCGGCUGCGAAUGCGCCGAGCGCGCCGACUGCCACCUCGACCACGGACUCAUCUCCCGCCUCGCACGGCGCACCGUCUUCCGCGCCUCCAUCGCAAGCGUCUUCUUCGGUGCGUGACUCACAGGCGCCCACCGCCGGUGCUUCUUCAGCGCCUCCGACCAGCGCUUCGCCUCCCGCUAGCGCUCCGUCUGUGCCGGCCACCAGCGCUCCGUCCGCGCCAGCCACUAGCGCUCCACCCGUACCCAGUACCGCACCUACCUCGAGCCUUCCACCGUACGUUCCGCUCUACAAACUCCAAGUGCUCUCGAAGCCGCUCCUCGUAUUUGGCACGCCGCGACUGAAGGACAAGACGCGGAUGUUCUUCGAGAGGGCGGUUGGGAAUGGUGAAGGGAAGGCCACUGAAGAUGGAGAAGCGAAGGGCGACGAUGUCAAGGAUCACGGGGACGAUGUUACUGGGUAUCGGAUGAAGGACGCUCACCUUCCUUGGGACGCGGCGGCGUAG